GCCGCGCGAGCGGCGGCUGCUGGGCGCUUCCCCGCGCUGCUGGGCGCUCGGCGCCUCCGCGGCCCCGGCUCCCGGCCGCAGCUUCCUCGCGCGCAGGGCGCCGGGCGCGGGGCCCGGGCUGGCUUCGCGGAAGGGUUUGCUGAACUAACUCCAAGCUGGUGUGCCUAGCGUCCACUCGGCUGCCGGCCCAAGAGCUGGAGUCACCAUGGCGGCCGGAGUUGCGGCCUGGCUGCCUUUUGCCCGGGCUGCGGCCAUCGGGUGGAUGCCGGUGGCCAACUGCCCCAUGCCCCUGGCCCCGGCCGACAAGAACAAGCGGCAGGAUGAGCUGAUCGUCCUCAACGUUAGUGGGCGGAGGUUCCAGACCUGGAGGACCACGCUGGAGCGUUACCCGGACACCCUGCUGGGCAGCACGGAGAAGGAGUUCUUCUUCAACGAGGACACCAAGGAGUACUUCUUCGACCGGGACCCCGAGGUGUUCCGCUGCGUGCUCAACUUCUACCGCACGGGGAAGCUGCACUACCCGCGCUACGAGUGCAUCUCUGCCUACGACGAUGAGCUAGCUUUCUACGGCAUCCUCCCGGAGAUCAUCGGGGACUGCUGCUAUGAGGAGUACAAGGACCGCAAGAGGGAGAACGCCGAGCGGCUCAUGGACGACAACGACUCGGAGAACAACCAGGAGUCCAUGCCCUCGCUCAGCUUCCGCCAGACCAUGUGGCGGGCCUUCGAGAACCCCCACACCAGCACGCUGGCCCUGGUCUUCUACUACGUGACUGGCUUCUUCAUCGCCGUCUCGGUCAUCACCAACGUGGUGGAGACGGUGCCAUGCGGCACGGUCCCGGGCAGCAAGGAGCUGCCGUGCGGGGAGCGCUACUCGGUGGCCUUCUUCUGCCUGGACACGGCGUGCGUCAUGAUCUUCACCGUGGAGUACCUCCUGCGGCUCUUCGCGGCGCCCAGCCGCUACCGCUUCAUCCGCAGCGUCAUGAGCAUCAUCGAUGUGGUGGCCAUCAUGCCCUACUACAUCGGCCUGGUCAUGACCAACAACGAGGACGUGUCCGGCGCCUUCGUCACGCUCCGGGUCUUCCGCGUCUUCAGGAUCUUCAAGUUUUCCCGCCACUCCCAGGGCCUGCGGAUCCUGGGCUACACACUGAAGAGCUGUGCCUCCGAACUGGGCUUUCUCCUCUUCUCCCUCACCAUGGCCAUCAUCAUCUUUGCCACUGUGAUGUUUUAUGCCGAGAAGGGCUCCUCGGCCAGCAAGUUCACAAGCAUCCCUGCCUCGUUUUGGUACACCAUUGUCACCAUGACCACACUGGGGUACGGAGACAUGGUGCCUAAGACGAUUGCCGGGAAGAUCUUCGGCUCCAUCUGCUCCUUGAGUGGCGUCCUGGUCAUUGCCCUGCCAGUCCCUGUGAUUGUUUCCAACUUUAGCCGGAUUUACCACCAGAAUCAGAGAGCUGAUAAACGCAGGGCACAAAAGAAGGCCCGCCUUGCCAGGAUCCGUGUGGCCAAAACAGGCAGUUCGAAUGCAUACCUGCACAGCAAGCGCAACGGACUCCUCAACGAGGCGCUGGAGCUGACGGGCACCCCAGAAGAGGAGCACAUGGGCAAGACCACCUCACUCAUCGAGAGCCAGCAUCAUCAUCUGCUGCACUGCCUGGAAAAAACCACUGGGUUGUCCUAUCUUGUGGAUGAUCCCCUGUUAUCUGUACGAACCUCCACCAUCAAGAACCACGAGUUUAUUGAUGAGCAGAUGUUUGAGCAGAACUGCAUGGAGAGUUCAAUGCAGAACUACCCAUCCACAAGAAGUCCCUCACUGUCCAGCCACCCAGGCCUCACUACCACCUGCUGCUCCCGUCGUAGUAAGAAGACCACACACCUGCCCAAUUCUAACCUGCCAGCUACUCGCCUGCGCAGCAUGCAAGAGCUCAGCACGAUCCACAUCCAGGGCAGUGAGCAGCCCUCCCUCACAACCAGUCGCUCCAGCCUUAAUUUGAAAGCAGACGACGGACUGAGACCAAACUGCAAAACAUCCCAGAUCACCACAGCCAUCAUCAGCAUCCCCACUCCCCCAGCGCUAACCCCAGAGGGGGAAAGUCGGCCACCCCCUGCCAGCCCAGGCCCCAACACGAACAUUCCUUCCAUAGCCAGCAAUGUUGUCAAGGUCUCCGCCUUGUAAAACCACUGGACAGAGGGCCAGAGGGGGUAGUGGGGAAUGAAGGGGACUGGCAUGUUGGUGGGUGGCCACUGGGACCACUCCCUCCCCCCUUUCCCCACUAUUUCUGCCUGCCCCAUUGUACCCCUAGCACUGAGACUUGUGCCUGGAAGGAAAAACAGGUAGCAAAGGGGCACCUGAGGUUCACGCUGCUAGCGUGGACAUAGCCCUGUGAUACUGCAUCUCACUGGGGCCAGAGGAAGGGAGGGAGGGUGGGGGGGUCGGGGAUGGGCCGGGAGAUAUAGGCUAUGUGCCAGGACAUGGCCUGGAUGGAGGAGCCUCAGACUCAGACCAAAUAACAAUCGUUUCUGGAGACCCCAGUGAGGAAAAUACAAGACCAAGAGCAGCAAAGAGGCCAAGUUGUCACAAGCAAAACAGAAAGAAAAUAUAACACUGUGUAUUUAAGCACCUUUU